AUCUUAUUGGAAUUGAUAAAAAUGUAUAAUUUAAAAAACAAAAAAGAAAAGCAUAAUUGUUGAAAAAGAUGAAGUUUGAGUAUUUUUUGAUAAAAAUGAAAGAAUAAGAUAGAUUUGUGAAUUUGAUGAUAGUUUCGGAUAAAUAAGCUAAUGAUCUAUUAAUAAAUGGUCCUUUUUAAGAGCCGGGACAACUUAUCCUUGAAUGAAAUGCGUAAGACAUGAUAUCUAUCAUUCAUUUCAUGAGAAGAAACUUACGUGCAACUAACAUAUAAUAGGCGUGCUUGCAUUAUAUACAUGUACAUUGUUGCACGCAACCAGCCUGUAUACAAUACCAUUUACAAGUCCCAAAUACUUCGAAAGUUCAAAUCGAUCGAUCUCCAUAUAUAUAUAUAUAUAUAUAUAUAUAUAUAUAUUUAUGAUAAAUCCAAACUAAUAAAAAGGUAACAGUAUGCAUAGAUAUGAGAGCAAUAUCAUAUAAUCCAUAAAAAAUAAGAUGAGGAUGAGUUUGGUGAGAGAGAAACUAGAGUGGUCAUGGAGUGGAGUGGGCUUUUCGUGGUUUGGAUUAGGAGUAGUUUUGGCAAUUAUCGUCAGUUGCACGGCCACCCAAACACCGAAAAAUGGUUCGACUACCCCUGAUGCCGCAAGCAUUUGUGCCAAUGCCAUUUUAAUCUACGGUUACCAAUGUCAGGAAUACUUGAUAAACACUGGUGACGGGUACAUAUUGAGUGUGCAAAGAAUACCCAUGGGUCGCUCAGGUGGAGAAGGACCUCGCCCUCCGGUGUUGUUGCAACAUGGACUUCUUUUAGAUGGGAGGUCAUGGUUCUAUAACAAGCCAGAAGAAAAUCUCCCAAUGAUUCUGGCAGAUAAAGGUUAUGAUGUGUGGAUCUCAAACACUAGGGGAACCGAAUAUAGCAGAAGACAUCUCUACCUUGAUCCCAAACAAAAGGGAUAUUGGUACUGGACAUGGGACCAUUUGGCGGAAUACGAAGUCCCAGCUGUUAUAAACUUUGUUUACAAAACAACGGGCCAGAAAGUCCAUUACAUAGGACAUGCACUGGGCAGUUUGCUUUGCUUGGCAUCAUUUGCCGAGGGAAACAUGGGAAUAGAUAGAGUGAAGUCUGCAGCGUUUUUGAGCCCCACUGUUUACACCAACCACAUCACCUCUCCAAUCAUUAGUGUUGCUGUGAAAUUGGGUCUUGCCGAGAUGGGUGCACGUAUUGGGCUUUAUGAAUUCGACGCGGAUAGUCAACCGGUGUCUCGCAUUGUGAAAUUAUUGUGUUCUCAGCCAACGAUUGUGUGCGGUGAGUUGCCAACUCCAUUGACAGGUAAAAACUGUUGCAUCAAUAAGAUGGCUAAGCAGCUAUUCGCAAAGAAUGGAAUGGAACCCACGUCAAUUAGAAACUUGAAGCAUUUAUCUCAGAAUGUUCGACAUGGUACUUUAGAAAAGUAUGACUAUGGGACUACAGAAGCGAAUAUGGAACACUACGGUGCAAAAAACCCGCCCCUAUAUGACUUGAGCCACAUUCCUAGGAACCUAUCGGUGUUCAUAAGUUAUGGAGGCGCCGACAAGAUGGCUGAUGCCGAUGACGUGAAAAUUCUGGUGGAAGAGUUGAAGCCAGCCUUGGACGGAGAUAAGUUGCGGGUUCAGUACAUUCCUAACUAUGCUCACUACGAUUUCGUUAUGGGACUCACUGCCAAUCGUGAUUUGUAUGGCAACCUCACUGCCUUCAUCGACCAGAACAAAUAGCUAGAUCCAUUACGCUAGCUAUUUAAAUAAUUAAAUGUAUGACAGGAUUAUAUAUUGUUGAUUAGAUGUAUUAAUCCAUCAUUAUAACAUGUCGUAUCCUUGGCUACUUUUGUAAUAUGCAUUGCAAUGUUGUAUUAUAGCUACAAACGAACAAGGCAGAUCCUACCUCACCAGUUAUUUAUUAAAUACAUAUUCUUUCUCAAUAACAUGCCAAA